CGAGAGGAAGGAACCGAGCAUGCGCGUUAGAGUUUGUGACCGGAAGCGCGUUAGUGAAGGUGACAGUGAAGCGCGUCGUGGGGUUCGGGUGUCCGGGCUCUGGUUCUCUGUCAGAGAAAGCCCCGCGUGUCCGUGGCAGCGGCGGGAGGUUCGGUCAUGGCAGGUUUGUCCAACUACGCCCUGCGGAUGGCGAGACUCAGCUCCCGAAUCUUCGGGGAAGUUGCCCAUCCCACAGACGCCAAGUCGCUGAAGGUGGUCCAGUUGUUCCAGGAGCCUCCAAUGGCUAAGAGGAAGGAGGUGUACGACUGGUACCCGCAGCACAAGAUCUACUACGCCAUGACCCAGAAGCUCCGCUACAUGGGUCUGUUCAGAGACGAGCACGAGGACUUCAAGGAGGAGAUGCGGCGUCUGAGGAAGCUGAGAGGGAAGGGGACGCCCAAAAAGGGGGAGGGAAAACGUGCCACCAAGAAGAAGUGACCUGCUGCUCCUCCCUGGACGCUCCUCUGUGGAACAAUGGGGGCGGAGCCUAUGCUGGCUCCACAGGAAGCUUGAUCAGAACUUUAAAAAAAAAUGUUUUUGUUCCAUAAGUUACAAUAAAAAUCACUUUUCCACAGACAACUGUAUUGAAGUCACGUGACUCAUCGGAGAGGACAUUUGUGCGUUACCUUCUGAGAUAAUCAUUGCUGGUGACCGUUCCAAACCCUUCCUUUAUCUGUCUGCUGGCGUUUACUGUCUCACGCUUCUUAGAACUGGUACAAGGCGUCUUGUCAUACUGUCAAUCCUUUCAGACGUCUCAACUAGAGAUCCAACAAUUCAUUUCCCCCCACGAUCCUGUUUUAAACCUCGAUUUUAUUUUUAUUUCUUUGGGGUUUCAGUUCAGCAUGAUUUAUAUUUUACAAAACGUCUCUACAGUCAUCCUGGUUCUCCUGCACGCUUCAUCCGGUAUUGUCCUGAAAUAUUAAAGACCCACUCUCUUUUGAA